AUGGAUCCGUACCCGAUAAUACGGAUCCGUACCCGAUUUGCAGCAGGGGUUUCUUUCCGCACCGAAGAACAAACCCUUCUUCGAAGACUACCUGAGUUUUUGUUUGAGAUGGAUAUUAGAGAAGAGCAUGAAGAAAUCUUGUUGGUUUUGGAAGAAAUAAUUAGCAUUUCCAAGUAUUUCCUUAUGCCAAAACCUAUUGACGAGGGCUGUACAGACGUUCGGUGGAAAGUGUUCAAGGGAUGUUUGGGAGCAUUAGAUGGUACUUAUGUCAAAGUUAGGGUUGCCCAAGAAGAUAAAGUGCGGUAUAGAAAUCGAAAGGGAGAUAUCUCGGUAAACGUGCUAGGUGUGUGCGAUGCAAGUAUGUGUUUUAGUUAUGUUUUGACUGGAUGGGAGGGUUCUGCGGCUGAUAGUAGAGUCCUUCGAGAUGCCGUUUGUAGACCGAAUGGUUUGAGAAUCCCCGACGGAAAUUACUAUCUUUGCGAUAAUGGAUACACAAAUGGAGAGGGUUUUUUAGCCCCGUAUAGAAGUGUGAGGUAUCACUUGGAUGAAUGGGAUGGUAAUAAUGCGCCUCAAAAUUAUAAGGAAUUUUUCAAUAUGAAGCAUGCGAAGGCUCGAAAUGUAAUAGAAAGAUCCUUUGGGCUGUUGAAGUCACGUUGGGGCAUCUUGCGCACUAGUUCGCAUUAUCCUAUCAAAGUCCAUAACCGUAUUAUCAUGGCGUGUUGCUUGUUACAAAACUUUAUUCGUAAAGAAAUGGCCGUCGACCCAUUGGAAACAAGACUUCCACCCAUCCACAAUCCCACUAAUGAUCCUGAACUUAGAUUUAUUGAAAGUGUAGAAACUUCACAACAAUGGGUGUCGUGGAGGGACGAUAUUGCGAGAGCCAUGUACGACGAGUGGAGGAGCAGACGAUAG